AAUUUGACAUUUCUCAUUUGUUGUCAACACGUGCAUUUAUUUUUGUUGAUUUCACAUACAAUUUUAAAAAUAUUUCCAUCUUUUAAGUUAAAAAAUCAUAAAUUUAGACAAAUUUACAAUGGCAGAACAAUACAAAUUAAUCCACCCAGUCAAAUUUUACCGCGACUAUCUAAACAAAGAUAUCCGUCCGGAUGGACGAGAAUUCGACAAACUCCGACCAAUCGGAAUCAAUGUUGGUUCCAUCAUUACAGCCGAUGGUUCGGCUGUAGUAAAAGUCGGCAAUACCUCAGUGGUUUGUGGCAUUCGAGCUGAAUUAGCUAAACCACGAGCAGCCACACCAGAAAAUGGUUUCAUUAUUCCAAAUGUCGAAUUACCACAAAUGUGCUCACCAAAAUACCGAAGUGGCAGUGGUUCGAAUGAUGAUUCGGAUGUCUUUAGUUGUUCCAUUCAUGAUAUUCUAACAAAUUCAAAUUGUUUAAAUUUAAAAGAACUUUGUUUGCACAAAGAAAAGUUAGUUUGGGCAUUGCAUUGUGAUAUUAUUUGUUUGGAUAAUGAUGGAUGUGUUGUAGAUGCUUCGUUAAUAGCCUGUGUGGCUGCUUUAAGGAAUUUAAGAUUACCUUCAAUUGAAUAUGAUUAUAAAAUCAAUAAAGUUACCGUCGAUAUGAAUGAGAAGAAGAAAUUAACAAUUGGACCUGUUCCAGUGGCGACUACUUUUAUGGUUUUUGAUGACAAUGUAAUUAUCACAGAUCCAACAGCUGAAGAGGAACUUCUAUCGACUUCAGUUGUUAAUGUUGCCAUUUGUAAAGGAGAUGUCUGUUUUAUCUUAAAACCAGGAGGAACUCCCUUCAACAAGGAUCAAAUGGAUUCCUGUAUUACUCAAGCACUCCGGAGAGAAAAGGAUGUUUUGAAACUAAUCAAUGAAGUGUGUAAAGACACAAAUGGGACAAAAUGAGUCUAAUAAAUACAAUACAAUACACAUUUUUUCAAA